CGUAGUUUUGCCGUUCCGGGCGGCAGGACCGGGCUGCUAGUAUCUUGGGCAUACAUAUAUGAAGCUCCUGUAACCAAAUUUUCAGGAAAGAGCAAUGGAGAUUGGAUGGAUGCGCAAUCGGAGACAAAGGCAAGUCCUUAUUUCCUUUGUUUUGCUGAGCAUGUGUGGGGUGGGCGCCGACUUAGGGCCCUAUUCAGUAGUGGAAGAAACGGAGCGGGGAUCCUUUGUGGCAAAUCUGGGAAAAGACUUGGGACUGGGGCUGACGGAGAUGUCCCGCCGUGGCGCCCGGAUCAUUUCUCAGGGGCGCGGAGAGCACUUGCAACUCAAGCUGCAGACGGGGGAUUUGCUCACAAGUGAGAAACUAGACCGAGAGGAGCUAUGCGGUUCCGCGGAGACUUGUGUGCUGCAUUUCCAAGUGCUGAUGGAAAACCCCUUGGAGAUAUUUCAGGCUGAACUGAGGGUAAAAGACAUCAAUGACCAUUCCCCCGUGUUCUCUGAAAGAGAAAUGAUUCUAAAAAUACCGGAAAACAGUCCCCCAGGAAUGGCUUUCCCCCUGAAUAAUGCUCUGGACUUGGAUGUAGGAAGCAACAAUGUUCAGAACUACAAAAUCAGCCCCAACCCCCAUUUUCAAGUUCUAACCCACAAUCUGAGUGAUGGUAGAAAAUACCCGGAGCUGGUGUUGGACAAAGAGCUGGACAGGGAGGAGGAGCCUGAAAUCGCAUUAACACUCACAGCGCUGGAUGGCGGCUCUCCGCCUCGGUCUGGGACCGCCCAGGUGCGCGUUGAAGUGGUGGACAUCAACGACAACGCCCCUGAGUUUGGGCAGCCGCUCUACAAGGUGCACAUUCCUGAGAGCAGCACCGUGGGCUCCCUGGUUGCCACCGUCUCUGCCAGCGAUUUAGACAGCGGAGUCAACAGCAAACUAGUGUACUCGCUCUUUCGGCCUUCAGAAGAUACUAGCAAAACUUUGGAGGUAAAUCCUACAACAGGAGAAAUUCGACUGAGAAAACCAGUAGAUUUUGAAACAGUUCAGUCUUAUGAAGUGGACAUCAAGGCCACUGAUGGGGGAGGUCUUUCAGGAAAAUGCACUCUUUACCUGCAGGUGGUGGACGUGAAUGAUAAUGCCCCAGAAGUGACCAUGUCUGCACUGACCAGCCCCAUCCCAGAGAACUCUCCUGAGAUUGUAGUUGCUGUUUUCAGUGUUUCAGAUCCUGACUCUGGGGACAAUGGGAAGACUGUUUGUUCCAUCCAGGAUGGCCUUCCUUUUCUUCUAAAACCUUCAGCCAAGAACUUUUACACCUUGGUAACCAAGAGAGCACUAGACAGAGAAGAAAGAGCCCAGUACAACAUCACCAUUACUGUUACUGAUAUGGGUUCCCCCCGACUGAGAACGGAGCACAACAUAACGGUGCUGGUGUCUGACGUCAACGACAACGCCCCUGACUUCACCCAAACCUCCUACGCCCUCUUCAUCCCCGAGAACAACAGCCCCGCCCUGCACAUAGGCAGCGUCAGCGCCACAGACAGAGACGCGGGCGCCAACGCCCAGGUCACCUACUCGCUACUGCAGCCCCAGGACCUCAGCCUGCCCCUGGACUCACUGGUGUCCAUCAACGCCGACAAUGGCCACCUCUUCGCCCUGAGGGCGCUGGAUUUCGAGGCCCUGGAGGCUUUCGAGUUCCUGGUGGGUGCCACGGACCACGGGUCCCCAGCGCUGAGCAGCCAGGCGCUGGUGCGCGUGCAGGUGCUGGACGCCAAUGACAACGCGCCCUUCGUGCUGUACCCGCUGCAGAACGGCUCUGCGCCCUGCACCGAGCUGGUGCCCAGGGCGGCCGAACCUGGCUACCUGGUGAGCAAGGUGGUGGCGGUGGACAGGGACUCGGGCCAGAACGCCUGGCUGUCUUACCAGCUGCUCAAGGCCACAGAGCCCGGGCUGUUCAGCGUGUGGGCGCACAAUGGCGAGGUGCGCACUGCGCGGCUGCUGAGCGAGCGCGACGCGGCCAAGCACAGGCUGCUGCUGCUGGUCAAGGACAAUGGCGAGCCUCCUCUGUCAGCCAGUGUCACGCUGCACGUGCUGCUGGUGGACGGCUUCUCUCAGCCCUACCUGCCUCUGCCCGAGGUGGCGGCCGCCGCAGCCCAGACAGACCCGCUCACGGUCUACCUGGUCAUCGCGCUGGCGUCGGUGUCGUCGCUCUUCCUGUUCUCGGUGCUGGCGUUCAUCGCGGUGCGGCUGUGCAGGAGGAGCAGGGCCUCCUGGGUGGGUGGCUGCUCGGUGCCUGAGGGCCACUUUCGGGGCCACCUGGUGGACGUCAGUGGUACUGGGACCCUGUCCCAGAGCUACCAGUAUGAGGUGUGUCUGAAGGGAGGUAUGGGAACAGAGGAGUUUAAAUUUCUGCAGCCGAUUAUUCCCAGUCUUCCAGCCCAUGACACUGGUAGGAACGUAGAGGAAAACGAGAACUUUAGGAAUAGUUUUGGAUUCAACAUCCAAUGAAGAAUUAUUUUAAAUAUUUAAUCUUUUAUUAUUCUUAGCAUACUGGGGAUACUAAGGUUUUUUGGCUAGAGAUUCAGGGGCCAGCGAGAUAAAGUUUCUAGAACACGUUAUCCCCAAUCUCACACCCCAGAGCAUGGGGAGUGAAGUGGGAUAAAAUCCCUUCUUUGGGAAUAGUGUUGGGAUUUCAUUAUUG